CCCACCCAAAUAUGCAUGCCCCCUCUUUUACGUACUUUCCCCUACCUCUUUUGACCCUAUAAAUUGUGAAGUGAGCUCAAACUAAUUUACUUCAACUCACUCAUUCUCUCCAUUAAAUUCAACACGUAAGGAUUAACCCAAGAACACAUCAAUGGCGGAAACUCGUCCUUCCCUUUGCACUUUUCUUUUGAUUCUCUUCACCAUUAAUGUACUGUCCUCUUUAAGUGUCCCUGCAAUGGCGGCCGGGCGAGGCAUCCCCAACGAGGCCGCCGACAUCAACGGGGCGUCCAAGAAUGUGGACGAGAAACUCCAUCCUGAGUUUCUCCACGGUUACGACGGAACCGUCUUGAUUCCCGGGUUCGGCCGCGUAGUCAUCCCGCCCAAGGGUAAAAUAGUGGACCCAUUCAACUACAACCCCAUCACCGGCAAGAGUGGCGGCGGAACUGGCGCCAUCAACCCCUUCGAUGGCAUUAUAGGCGGCGGCUCCGGCUAUGUUCCCGGCGGAGAUGACACUCUCCUCCCUAACCCGGGUGUUGAGGUACCCAACCCGCCUGUAGCAGCUGGCGGCGGCGAUGAUGCUGGCAGCCUCACUCCUCCUGCUCGUCGCUGAUGAUUUGAUUAUUAGUACGUACGUGAAUAAGAAGCUGUUGUAGAAGCUUGACAUGAAUUGCUUGCGUAAUAAUAUAUAUAAUGGCAUGCAGAUUUGAAGGUGUCUUGGCCUGGCUGGAUUCUUGUUUAUUGAGCGUUCGUCUAUAGUAGUAGUAGUAUAUCUUAGGAAUCAUCGAUUUAAUUUCUUGCAAACUGUUCAUUCUGUACUUUAAUUUGGUAGAGGUUACUUCAUUAAUUCUGUCCUUGUCGUGCUAUUUAAUUAGUGCAUAUAUGUACGCAGUUACAUUGUCUUAAGACGGGUUUAAUUUGAGGAAAAUUCUACGGGUUUGAUUCAACUAGUCUUCUCUCAGUCAACUACCAAGUCGUCUUGUUAAUUAAUUUCUUUAUAUAAAUAUCAUUGAUCAUAAAUAGAUUUUUUCUUCUUUU